AUGUCUUUGCCCGCAGAUUUCCUGUGGGGGUUUGCCACCGCCUCCUUCCAGAUCGAAGGAGCCACCAAGCAAGACGGCCGUGGCCCGUCCAUUUGGGACACAUUUUGCGAAAUUGAGGGCAAGAUUGCACAUGGGGCGAAUGGAGAUGUUGCUUGUGAUUCGUACAACAGAACCGCAGAGGAUAUCAAACUGCUAAAGGAGCUUGGUGCAAAGUGCUACCGCUUCUCUCUUUCAUGGUCCCGUAUCAUCCCUUUGGGUGGCCGAAAUGACCCAAUCAACCAGAAGGGUCUUGAUCAUUACGUCAAGUUUGUUGAUGACCUGCUCGAGGCUGGAAUCACGCCUUUCAUCACACUCUACCACUGGGAUGCUCCAGAUGCGCUCGACAAGCGGUACGGCGGCCUUCUCAACAGAACCGAGUUCCCUCUGGACUUUGAGAGCUACGCACGUGUCGUUUUCAAAGCCAUUCCAAAGUGCAAGAACUGGAUCACCUUCAACGAACCAUGGUGCAGCUCCAUUCUUGCCUACAGCACUGGCUACUUCGCUCCUGGUCACACGUCUGACCGCACCAAGUCUCCCAUUGGAGACAGUUCUCGAGAGCCGUGGAUCGUCGGCCACAACUUGCUUGUUGCUCACGGAAGGGCCGUCAAGGUCUACCGCGAAGAAUUCAAGCCUGCCAAUGGUGGCCAGAUCGGCAUCACCCUGAACGGAGACUACACAUACCCCUGGGACCCAGAGGAUCCAGAGGAUGUCAAGGCCGCCAACCGUAAGAUUGAGUUCGCCAUCUCCUGGUUCGCAGACCCCAUCUACUUUGGCAAGUACCCGGACUCGAUGCUCGAGCAGCUCGGUGAUCGCCUCCCUACUUUCACAGAUGAGGAGCGUGCCUUGGUACAGGGUUCCAACGAUUUCUACGGCAUGAACCACUAUACUGCCGACUACGUCAAGCACAAGACGGGAGCUGCUCACGAGGAUGACUUCCUUGGCAACCUCGAGACCACCUCAUAUGACAAGAAUGGCAAUUGCAUUGGCCCCGAGACCCAGUCUUUUUGGCUGCGCCCCAACCCUGAGGGCUUCCGCGGGCUGAUCGUUUGGCUAAGCAAACGCUAUGGCUACCCGCCCAUUUAUGUCACGGAGAACGGCACCAGCAUCAAGGGCGAGAAUGAUUUGAAACCGCCAGAGAUUCUCAAUGAUGAGUUCCGAGUCAAGUACUUCCACGACUAUGCUCAUGCUCUGGCCAAGGCAGUCUCUGAAGACGGUUGCGAUGUCAAGGGGUACAUGGCCUGGUCACUCAUGGACAAUUUUGAGUGGGCUGAAGGUUAUGAGACGCGAUUUGGCUGUACCUACGUUGAUUACGAGGGAGGCCAAACAAGAACAGCCAAGGAGAGUGGCAAACAAAUGAAGGGUCUGUUUGACAGUCUCAUCAAAAAUGACUAG